CAGAGGUCGUCCAGGUCCGGUCGGUAACCGGGUCCCGCGCGUCCGGCCCCGACUCUGGGGGAAAGAGCCCCGAGCGGAGCAGCCUGGCCGCGUGCCGCCUCCGGAGCCAGCAGCCAGGAUGAAGACAAGCUCUGUAGGAAUACACCAUUUAUCAAGGGGCCCGUGAACAGAAUUUUGUGAGAAGUGGAAGCAAGAAACUAACCUGGCUCAGAUCCAUUCAGGUGUUAGAAAACAGCCCCAUGCCUGGAGGUUACGGAGUGAUGGGUGACGAUGGCUCUAUGGAUUACAGUGUUCAUGAGGCCUGGAAUGAAGCCACCAAUGUUUACUUGGUAGUGAUCCUUGUUAGCUUUGUUCUCUUCAUGUAUGCCAAGAGGAACAAAAGGAAAAUUAUGAGGAUAUUCAGCGUGCCACCUACAGCAGAAACUUUAUCAGAACCCAGCUUUUACGACACAAUAAGCAAAAUUCGUUUAAGACAGCAACUGGAAAUGUAUUCCAUUUCAAGGAAGUAUGACUAUCAGCAGCCACAAAACCAAGCUGACAGUGUGCAACUCUCAUUGGAAUGAAAUGACAGAAAAUGAACAACAUAAGCAAUUGUUCGACAGUCUGGUAGCAAGCUCCUAAAUAUACUAAAUCAUGAACAGCAUUUUUUUUUAACCCUAUCUCCAUAAAAUCAUUUUACUUGUGACUUUCUUCCAGUUUUUUGUGUUUUGUUUUGCUUUUUAAAAUUGCAUCACCAAGUCAUUUGUUAUACAAAUUAAAAAAAAAAGUCUCAAAGGCGUGGACACAGAGAGUCUGUACAUCCUUAGGAAGAUAGAAUAUAACCAGAGAUGGUGAUUUUUACCUUGUGAAGACUUUUGAUUUCUUCAGGAUAUGAUCAGUCAGAAUAAAAAUACAUCUUUGGAGGUGAGCGUAUGGAGCUUAUGCCACUUUGAUUUGAACAGUUUUGCAAAAUUAAAAAGUAAAAAUCCAUUCAUUGGAAUAACAUCCUCGAUUGUAUUCUGUGAUGAGUAUCAUAAUCAAUAAUGGACACAUUUGUGUUCUCACCGCUGUUAUUACCACACUUGAAUUAACUAUCUUUGCUUCUUCAGAACUUACACAGGAGACUGUCUUUUCUACUAUCCUCAUGAAACAAACCCAUCUACUAAUUGUGGAAGCUUCCUGUGAUUGGAAUGUUUUCCCUUCAUUGUGUUCUCGGGAGUUUGCCUUUUUUUUUUAAUCCCACAGUUUCAUUUCCAACAGAAGAGUUUCUUUGGACCAUACUGCAACCAUGCUGUGGAAUAAAUGGGCACCUCUCUACUGGUGUUAGCAACUUGCUUUUUUGGUCAUGGAACUCUCAAGUUUAAUGUAACUGGAUACUUACACUUUUUUAGCAUAAUAAGCUUCCCUGAAGACUCUCAUAUCUUGUACCAUUUUGUACCAUACAUGGAAAUGUUUUUACCAAAUUUUUCCUAUUUAUUUAAAUAAAAGUUGGUGGGAGGUAGUGGCAGGGAAAUUUCACUGUCCACAUCACUGUCCAAGAAUUAGUUUUUGAAUCAAAGCUAUUCUUAAUUUUAAGAGUUAGAGUUAAUAUUUCAAGCACUGCUUCCUUUUCUCUUUAUUGUGAAGUAAAGAACAUAAAUUUUAAAUGAAAAGGUUUAGACCAAAUAAAAUUAUUGAGGGAAAUUGCAUUUGUUUUUAAAUUUUAAUUAUAUUAUUCAAAAAUGUCUAUCUUGUUCAAGGUAAAUUGUUGACUAAAUGGAAUAAUUCUUGACUCACAAAUGAGUUUGAAUGCACUGCUGAUACAUAGAAUAAAAAACUGACUACAGGAUUGUAAACAGUUAUAAUUAUGGGCCGGGAAUAGCAGAGCAGCAGGGGGAUGAUCUCCUUAAACUUUGCUUUGCUCUUAGGAAAACCACCGUAUAUUUCUGUGAGCAGGAAAUGUGAUCAGGAGCAGGAGCAGUUUACUUGUGUCACUGACAUAUUGCACAAUCUGGACAAAUUACAGAAACUGGCUAUUUCAGAUGAUUUGUAAAAAUAGUGUACAUAAAUAAAUGUAAAUCACAAUGAAA